GGUGCACUUGUACUGGAUAAGCAAACAUGGGGAAAAUCUCGCUUCCAUAAGGAGGACGGAAACAAAAGUCCUAAAUCACCAAAUCAUACGGAGCCUAACACUACACCCUCUCUACUCCUUCAACCUUAUCCCUUCAUCUCAUCUCCCCAAACCCUUUGAAAACCAAAACCAAAUCCAACAGAUCACAGCACAAGCCUCUCUCUCACACCUCCAAAACACUAACAUUUGUCAACCCAAAAAAAAUCGAUCUUUAAAAAAAAAAAAAGAAAAGAAAAAAAAAAGGGGAAAUCCUAGCCAAUCAGAUGGACGCCAGCAGCCAGCAAGCCCAAUCUGGGUCUUACAUGCCACAGGCUCCCACCAGUGGCGCCCCUGCUCCGCCAGCUCCAACCCCUUUCCACCACCUCCUCCAGCAGCAGCAGCAGCAACUCCAAAUGUUCUGGUCUUACCAGCGUCAGGAGAUCGAGCAGGUAAAUGAUUUCAAGAACCACCAGCUUCCUCUCGCCCGCAUCAAGAAGAUCAUGAAGGCUGAUGAAGAUGUUCGCAUGAUCUCCGCCGAGGCUCCCAUUCUGUUUGCUAAGGCGUGUGAGCUCUUCAUUUUGGAGCUUACUAUACGGUCUUGGCUUCACGCUGAGGAGAACAAGCGCAGGACUCUUCAGAAAAACGACAUCGCUGCUGCCAUUACCAGGACUGAUAUUUUUGAUUUCUUGGUGGACAUUGUGCCCAGAGAUGAGAUCAAGGAUGAGGCUGGGCUGGGAGGGAUGGUAGGGGCCACGGCUAGCGGAGUACCUUAUUAUUAUCCGCCGAUGGGGCAUCCGGCUGGUGCCGGCCCUGGAGGAAUGAUGAUUGGGAGGCCCGCCGUGGAUCCUACUGGAGUUUAUGUCCAGCCACCUUCACAGGCGUGGCAGUCUGUGUGGCAGACGGCUGCGGCGGAGGAUGUUUCGUAUGGAAGCGGAGGCAGCAGUGGACAGGGAAACCUCGAUGGACAAGGUUAAGCAAGUGAGAUGGAGUGGUGUUCAGUGGUGCACCCGGAAGGCAAUGGGCCUCAGCUAAUACAUGGAUUUUUGCUUGCUUAUGAUCUUUAACGUACGUGUCUGCUAUUAUUUAUGGAAGCUGUCUUUAAUUGUAACGGUAUAACUAGAUAUUUAUUAACUUAAUUUUUAACCGCCAUACAAUCUCUGUCAUAACAUGCCUGAUUAUAACUAAUGUGCAGUUUCCUGAUUUGUGAUC